AUGUUUUGUCUUGCUUUCUUUAGGUUGCUGAGUGUCACAUCAAAUAAAUAUUUGGUUCCUGAUAUUAAUAGUAUUGAUACAAUGUUCACUAUUUUAUCUCUUGUAGCGUGUCUAUCAUUGGUGCGUACCACAGAAGCUUUCGUCAUGAAUGCUUCGUAUGUUGCCAAUGAUGAUAUCCAACCAAAAUUGAUGGUCACUAAUUUAGCUACUAUCCUACGCAAUGCGGGUCUUAAUGUCGUGGAAGUUAGUGGCUGGACGACGCGUGGUCAUGGACAAAUGAAUUCUGUAAAGAGUAUUAUUGUUCAUCAUACGGCUGGUCCAGCAACUGGUGACAUGCCUUCAUUGAACUUUAUUCGUGACGGUAGUUCGAGUCUUGCUGGACCACUCUCACAACUUGCAUUAGGUCGCACUGGUACAUGGUAUGUCGUCGCAACAGGUCUUUGUUAUCAUGCGGGUGUAGUUACUGAUUCAUCAUUGUAUUCGAAUGCCAACGCCAUUGGUAUUGAAGCUGAAAGUACAGGGGUUCCUGCUGCCAAUAGUGGACAUGUACAUUGGCCCGAAGUACAAUGGCAAAGUUAUAUACGUGGCGUUCGGGCCCUCAAGAAUGCUUUUAAUGUUCCUACUGCACGAGUUAAGGGACACAAGGAAGUCGCAUCACCGUUAGGCCGUAAAAUUGAUCCCAACUUUUCUAUGGAUGAAUUCCGUGCUGCUCUCUAA